AUGAGUACUAUUGUCUUAACAAUUUUUCAAUUUCUCGUAAUUUCCGCAGUGACAAGUUUUGACAAUCAGGAAGAUUUUGAAAUUGUCUUCUUACCAAUUUCCAAUGCAAAGCGGGAAAUUGAGAUUUUGAACUUUGGAAAAAAACAGGUUCCUUUGAGUUUUCAAGUUUUCGACCAAAAAUUAGAUUUAUUACUCAGAAGAAACGACAAAUUAUUAUCGCCAAAUUUCCAAGUCUGGAGACAAACGAACUCUGAUUUUCGUGAACAAGUUCCGGAAUUGAAUUCACCAGUUUCAUGUCAUUACUUGUAUCGAGACGAUAAUAAAUCCGCUUCUAUUAGUUUCUGCGAGGAUCGAAAAAUGCAAGGAAUUAUUUUUAUGGACAACAUGGCUCUAGAAAUAAUACCAAUGGAAAAUAAUUUUUUCCACCAAAACGACGUAUCGAAACGAUCGGAAAUAUCCCACGAGCCACAUAUUUUCAAAAGAUCUUCCCCUCCAAACAUAACAAUAAACAAAUUUACAAAUGAAAUUCCCAUAAAAAGGGAAACAGUAACUAACGAGAAAAAAAUAAGUCUCACAAUGGAAUUGGCAGUAUUCUUCGAUGAGAUGGCUUACAAAAUUUUCACUCCAUUCUUCAAUAGAAAUGAGGAAAAAUUGCGUGAUAUGCUAUUGGCCUAUGUCAAUGGAAUUCAAGCAAUUUAUCAUCAUCCAAGUUUGGGAGUGGAGAUGAAUAUUGUUUUGGUGCGUCUCGAAAUUAUGAGACAACAGCCAAGAGAAUUGCCACAUUUUCAUGGCGAAAGGGGCAAUUUACUCGAUUCAUUUUGUCGAUAUUCGAAGAUUCAUAAUUCGGCAGACGAUAAUUCGAAAGCAAAUCACUGGGAUAUUGGAUUGUACGUGUCGGGUCUUGAUUUUUACGCUUUGGAAAAUGGAAAGAAAAACAGUGUCACAAUGGGAUUGGCCACAGUUGGCGGUAUUUGUCUCAAAGAUUAUUCCUGUGUUAUUGCCGAACUCGGAGUGACAAACACUUUUGGAAAACCUUAUCCCUCGGCUGGAUUCACUUCCGUCUACAUUGCUGCUCACGAAAUUGGACACAAUUUGGGAAUGCAUCACGACUCGAUCGGAAAUUCAUGUCCGAAAAAUGGCUACAUCAUGUCACCGAGUCGAGGAACAGUCGACGGCGAGACAAAUUGGUCCGAAUGUAGUCGAGAAAUUGCGAGAAAUCUCUUCAAAACGAAAAACUGCCUUUUGGAUUCAAACACAUGGCAAAUUGUCAAUCCGACUCUAAAUCAUGAAAAAUAUCAAGAUUUUCCCGGCAGACGGUGGACGGCCAAGAGACAGUGCGAACUAUUCCUGCGCGAUGACGACGCGGAAGUUGUCACCCUGACGAACGCUUGUCAAUCGCUCCAGUGUGCGAGUCCCCACAAAACUGGAUAUUAUCUCGCAGGUCCAGCAUUGCAGGGCACGAAAUGCUCUUCAGGAGAAAGAAGCGGCGAAUGUCAAGGCGGUGAGUGUCUUCCAGUUUUCCAUUCCUCGAACGGAACUAUUGGCGUUUGGAGCGAGUGGCGUACGGAAAAAUGCCAGAGUGGAUGCAUCCAGAAAUCACGUGGUUUCGUCAAUAGGCGACGAAAGUGUGACAACUCAGACUGCGAGGGCAAUUCCCUCGACGUGCAAAUCUGCCGGGACGAGAGACUCUGCAAAAGAAAACGGAAAUCAGCCAAAGAUUUUGCAACAAUGAAAUGUAGAUUAUUUAGUGGAAAAUUACAGGAACUUGACGGAGAAGCUGGUGGUUUGCAAGCGUCACAUGAAAUCGAGAGACCUUGGAUGGCGUGCGCGAUAUUCUGUCGACGAAGAGACUUUGCCUCCUAUUACACGCCACGUGUUGAACUCAAUGACCUUGGCCUCGACCCCUAUUUUCCCGAUGGCACCUGGUGUCACUACGAGGAAGGUCAACACUAUUUCUGCCGACAACAUCAUUGUCUACCGGAGAAUUUUCAAUUCGUCAAAAGUUUUCUGCUCGGUCACAAUUAUUUCAACAUUGGUCCACAAAAUGUCCAACCUCCAAAAUUCCCCGACGAGAUGAUCAAAUAUUUCAGUUUGGAUUUGAACGGCAAACCUCUGCUCACAACUCUAGGUCCUUUGGUCCUGAAUUCUCCGUCUGAUGAUCCGAUCGAUCUCGAUUACGUCCAAAUUCCAGAAUCUGCGAAAAAAACAAAAAAUGGUGAGAAUUAUGAUUUAUAUCCUGAUCUAAAAUCUAUGUUCAUGUGAGUAAUCAGGGUAGCCACAAAAAUACACUUUUGUUUUUCCCUAAUUUUUCCUGAUUUCCAGACCAAAUUUUGAUUUC